AGAUUUUGUAAGAAUAUUCAUCAAUAAAUCUUCGUAUAUUGGUGUUACUGCUGGUUAAAGCAAGAGGGAUAUUUGGACACAACCACUGAUUUGUUUGAAUAUUUUCCUUGUUACUGACACUUGGUACAGAUAAAAUGGCUGCGGGACCCUACAAUUACUCGUACAUUUUCAAGUACAUUAUUAUUGGGGACAUGGGAGUUGGGAAGUCAUGUCUGCUCCACCAGUUCACUGAAAAGAAAUUCAUGGCUGAUUGUCCCCACACAAUUGGAGUUGAGUUUGGAACGCGAAUCAUAGAAGUUUCGGGACAAAAGAUUAAACUACAAAUAUGGGACACCGCUGGUCAAGAAAGAUUCAGAGCUGUGACAAGGAGUUAUUACCGGGGUGCUGCAGGAGCAUUGAUGGUUUAUGACAUCACAAGGAGAAGUACAUACAACCACCUUAGUAGUUGGCUUACUGAUGCCAGGAAUCUAACCAAUCCUAAUACCGUUAUAUUUUUAAUCGGCAACAAAGGUGACUUGGACGGACAACGCGACGUAACUUAUGAAGAAGCAAAACAAUUCGCCGACGAAAACGGACUCCUGUUCCUCGAAGCAAGCGCUAAAACCGGGGACAACGUUGAGGACGUCUUCCUUGAAACUGCAAAGAAAAUUUACCAAAAUAUUCAAGAUGGAAGUUUGGACCUGAAUGCAGCAGAGUCGGGCGUGCAACACAAACCAGCCAACAGACCCGGCCAAACACUUCAGAACGACCAGCAACCUAAAGAAGGCUGUUCGUGCUGACAAGUUACGCCCCCAAUAUAAACAUAGGUAAUCCCAGCCAAUCAUGCGCCGAUCUACAUAAUGAUUAUCCAUUACGCAUGAUUGUAUAUUGUAGUUGUUAGCUUCAUGCUUUUAUUCCAACUUUACCUGAAGGUUAACAUAUGGAAAUCAAUUUUAAAAUUUUUUCCAAAAUUCUUAACAUUUUGAAGAAAAAUUAAAGUUAUAAAUUUAAGGUUCCAAAAAUUAUAUUUUCUGCAGAGUUUUAAGUAAUUUUGUUUCUAAAUGUUUUGAAAGUGUAAAAAUUUUGAACAAAUUGCUCCUGUAUUUCAAGUACAAUUCCAAUGAUUUUUUUCAAGAAAUAAAAAGCUCCGUAUUAGUCAAGCGAGUGCUGAAGCAAUUGUAGAUUAAAGAUCUUAUUUAAAACUAUUUCUAAACACAGUGUUUCUCAACCCUUUGCUGCAACCAAAAUAUUAAACAUAAAUUAAUGGUGAAGCUUUUCCCCAAUUUCCGAAACUACAUUUCACCCAACUUUUUGUAAGCUUAUAAUUAAACAGUUUACAGAUUUUACAAUAACUUUCAAAAUUGCUUUAUAUAACACUUUUGGGUUGCAACCCAGGGGUUGAGAAACAAUGUUUAAACUGUUUUGUAUGUUGAGUUCACUUUAACUGUAGAAAUUGCUGCAAGAAAAUAUUUUGCCAUCUUAUAACUUGUGACAUCACAAUAAGCAUUAUUACCCUUUUAAUUACUUUUGCUGGUAAAAUGUUAUAUUUAUGUAUGUUGAUAUGUUAUUUCUCUGGCGUGCAAAUUGUUGUACUUUAAUAUGUAACCUGUAUUAACUUAAUGACGACCACAAUAAAUGGUGUAUUCACUCAUA